AAAACAUUGCGUUAGAUAAUUCAGACUGGAAGUCGUUUUUUUCACUCAAAUCCUCAAAUUCUAACCACCGGCAAAUGGCUCUCCUGGGCAGAAUCGCUUCCGGCGUGCUGGCCGGCCAGUCCCGUCGCCAGUUCCUUCCGUUGACCCGCGCCUUCUGUGCGCCGACGGCACUCGAGCCGAAGGAAAUUGACAAACUCGUCAAAAACAACAAGGUGGUGGUGUUUAUGAAGGGCAAUCCGGAAGCACCGCGGUGCGGGUUCAGCAACGCCGUCGUGCAGAUCCUGCGGAUGCACUCGGUCACCUACGACAGCCACGACGUGCUGUCCAGUGAUGCGCUGCGACAGGGUAUCAAGGAUUACUCCAACUGGCCCACGAUUCCUCAGAUUUUCAUCAACGGCGAGUUUGUCGGCGGUUGCGACAUCAUGCUCCAGAUGCACCAGAAUGGCGAGCUGAUUGACGAGCUGAAAAAGGUCGGCAUCAAGUCGGCGCUGGCCGGAGAGCCGGAAGGGGACAAGAAGUAGAUUUAGACUGCGAGCAAUGACUUGUACUUUUUUUUUUUGUUGAAUAAAUGUUUGCUUUUAGAUUAGA